UUGACUUUAGUUGACUCUCUUAUUGGCGAUCUUUACCGAAUUAAAUUUUCUGUGCGAUUGCUCGCUUCUCUUCUGUGGCCACUGUCCCUCAGUAAUGGAGUAUCGGAACACAGCUACCCAGCCCAUCCAGGAGAGAGAGGCUCUCUAUAGGCUUAUGGUGGGUCAGCUUCGUUACGAUGGCUAUGAGAAUGCAGCUGGUGCAGUGGGUCAGAUCAUAGCAACGUACCCGCCAGUAGCCCCCUCCUCACGUCUGGGUCACCUUGUACAGCUGGGCAUGAAGACCGAGGGAGAAGUGGCUGGCAACCCGGACCUGGCGGACAUGCUACCUCACUUGAGGGGACAAGGAGUCCUUGAUUUGGAGUACGAGGCCGACGAGAAAGCAUCUUGUCCAGAAAUAAGCUCAUAUGAUCUGACUUACGGUACAUCACAUAAAGCAGCUGCAUUAACAGCGGCCUUUAGUAGCGACGGUCGCCUGGCAGCCACUGGCUCAGCUGACUACUCCAUAAAGAUCCUGGAUGUUGAACGCAUGAUGUCAAAGACUGCCAUAGGGCACAACCAAGACCUCCACCCUGUCAUCAGAACAUUGUAUGACCACACAGAUGCUGUUCUGUCGUUGGACUUCCACCCAGCUGUCUCUGUUCUAGUCUCUGGUAGCAAAGAUUGUACUAUAAAGUUCUUUGACUACUCCAAACCAUCUGUGAAGAAGUCAUACCGCACCAUCCAAGAAGUGGCCCCAGUGAGAGCUCUGAGCUUCCAUCCAUCAGGGGACUUCCUACUGGCUGGCACCUCUCAGUCAACACUGCGGCUCUAUGACAUCAGCUCACUCAACUGUUACGUGGCGUCCGAUUCCAGAGACCAGCACACGAAAGGAAUCACUUCCAUUCAUUAUUCUACUGAAGGGCGAUUGUAUGUGACAGCCAGCGAGGAUGGAUCUAUUAAGGUUUGGGACGGUGUGAGCAAUCGCUGUGUCAACACAUUCAAGAAGGCCCACAAUGGCGAGGCUGUGACCUCGGUGAGGUUCAGCAAGAACUCUAAGUAUGUGCUCUCCUCUGGCAAAGAUGGGAACGCUGCUCUCUGGGAACUGUCAACAGGGAGACCACUCAACACUUAUCAGCCCAGCAAGUCUAAGAACGUGCUCUUCAGUCCCUGUGCCAUAUUCAACCACACAGAGGACUAUGUGCUCAUGUGUGAGGAGAGGAAGCCUCAGUACAUGAUCCUCUCCUGGGACGCUCGGACUGCACAACCCCACGGACCCCUACCCAGUAACCAUGGCAAUACCGUCCACUACAUCAGCCACUCCCCCCAAAUAGCCGCACUCAUGACGACCGGUGAAGACAACAGAAUCAAGUUCUUCUAUCAUAGAGACCAAUAAUUUCCAACUAACUUAUUAUAAUUAUUAUGUUGUAAUUAAUUUUUGUCGUGUUGUUGAAAUGUACAAGUUUUUGAUAAUUGAA